AUGGCUAAACCAAUCUCUUUCUCUUAUACCCCCAAAGGCCUUACCUACAGCAACCUACCUACAAGCCAAGGACAGGCAUUUUCAUUUCUCAACUAUGACACCAGGAAGACAUACAAUACCUCGGAUAGCGUGACGAUCCAGCCAUCAGAGUGGGAUCUUGCCUGGCCAUCCGCAUUCCCAGCCGCCCGCCAAUGCAAGUAUUGGAAGGAGGCCCAGGCGUCAUGCGAAGAGCUGAUACGAGAGAUCCGGACGCUCAGCACUCAGCGGGGCAAAGCAGUGCCUGAUGGAUUUCGUCGCAUGGCCGAGGAGCAGAGGUUGACAGCGAAGGAAAGCAUGAUUGUGACGAGCUCGGUCGAUGCUGCAACCUACAUGAUACCAAACUCGUCAUGCGAGAGGAUCACAGUCAUCGCGAAGCUUUGGAUGCUUCUUUGGACGCAAGAUGAUGUUCUGGAAUAUCACCCAGAACAAGCGUCUCUCAUUCGAGUUUCGCGAGGGCUUGAUGAUCCAUUCGGACAAGAGCUAUGCGCCAAGUGCAAAUCGACAUCGGAUCUUUUUGAUAUCAGGGGACAUCCCAUGCAUAUUCUACUGGAGUCGUUCGCCGAGUACAUAUUAUUUACCAACCACCGCCAGAGGACCGAGUUUAAAGGCCUGCGCGACUACCUCGAUUAUCGUUCGACCCAUAUUGCAGUAGACCACAUCUUUUCAGCAGUGAGAUUUGGAAAUGAUCUAGACUUGAGCCAGCAACAGAUAGACCCACUGCGUCAUUUUAGUGACUUGAUCGGUGACCAUACCAUUCUAGUCAACGAUCUCUUUUCCUUUGACAAGGAGAAGCAUGCAGCGAUGACUGAGGGUGCUUGCAUACUAAACGCAGUCAAUUAUCUGGAGCAGGCCCUGUCGGUGUCACCUACUCUAGCUAAGGAUCUCGUUCUGCGCCUGAUCCUUGAUAUUGAGUCUCAGCUGCAGGAUGAGCUCUGCCAGAUCUCGGAGAUGGGAAUGCUGAGUGAGCAGCAAACCCGAUAUGCGCACGCAAUGAUCGAAUGCGUAUCGGGAAAUUUGCUUUUCUCCGUUACCUCGAUUCGCUAUGCAAAAUACGCAAACUCCAUCGGAUAG